UACGUUGUUGUUUGACACGUGAUUAGCAGCUGUGCGGGAGUAAUGCCACACAGCAGAAAAAGCAAGAACAAGAAGGAAACUGAGGACACUACAAAAGACGAAAAAAGCAAUGAUAACGAGACCGGAGAUGACGAGCACAACGAGGGCCCCAAACAGGAUCCCGACCCUGCGACAAAAGUCUCAGCCUCUGACGCGGAAAAGAAGGACACAGAGAGAAAGAUAGCACUACAGACAUAUGUACCACGACCAGACUCAACCUCUGAUCUACCCCCAAUAUCAAUGAAUGUUAUCAUCAAUCCGUUGUGGUGGAUUUUAUGCAUUUUAUCGUUUGUAACUCGACUCUGGCGUCUGAGUGAGCCGAAUCAGGUCGUGUUUGAUGAAGUACACUUUGGAAAAUUUAUCAGCUAUUACAUGCACGGGAUCUUCUUCUUCGACGUGCAUCCACCUCUCGGUAAACAGCUGCUGAGUCUGAUGGCGUGGAUAACCAACUACGAAGGAUUCUUUCCUUUCCAGACGAUCGGAGAAGAGUAUGACCCCAAGCUGGUUGCACACACUUAUCUGCGUUUGCUGCCUGCUGUAUUGGGUAGUGUGGUGCCUCUCAUGGUGUAUCGGAUCGUGACGGAGCUCGGGUGUUCGCACUACUCUGCGUUUCUCGCCUCUCUGUUUUUGAUCUUUGACAAUGCAUCUGUCACACAGUGUCGAUUUAUUCUACUUGACUCGAUCCUCAUUUUCUUUAUUGUUCUCACUGUCCUUUGCUACGUCGUGUUCAGCAGCGAAAAGCGGCAUUUCUCUCAAGUGUGGUAUCAAAAACUGUGCCUAACGGGAGUCGCACUCGGCUGCGUUUUGAGUGUCAAGUUUGUGGGAGUUUUUGUCGUGUUUCUGGUCGGACUUCAUACUCUACACGAUCUUUGGGUGUUGCUGGGUCAACCCAAAAUGUCAGAUUAUGAUGUCAUAAAGCAUUUUGGUGCGAGAGUGUUUGGGUUGAUUUUUAUUCCAAUCGUUGUAUUCAUGACUUGCUUUUUUAUCGACUUUAAGUUGCUUUACCGAUCGGGUCCUCAUGAUGCUUUCAUGUCGAGGGAUUUUCAGAAGUCUCUGGAAGGAUCCCGGAUAUUGACUCAUCCGGAGGAGCUUCCACAGGCAGGUGUAGAGCAUCAAAUUGCAUUUGGAAGUCACGUGACUUUGAAACGAGUUGACGGAGAAGCCUGUUGGCUGCAUUCUCAUCCACACAAUUAUCCAGUGUUCUAUGAUAAUGGACGAGGCUCAAGUGCUCAGCAACAGAUUACGUGUUAUGGAUAUUCUGAUAUGAACAAUUGGUGGGCCAUCCAACGACCUGGCACUGAAAACGCGACUCUCGACAACCCACCUAUUCCUGUAAAAGACAAGGAUUUUGUCCAUUUGGUUCAUCGAAUGACGGGAAGGAGAUUAAACUCUCACAACGUCGCCGCUCCUUUGACACCGACGAAUCAGGAAGUGUCGGGAUACAUUCACUACGAGAAUGUCAGUGUGCUACAAGAUCUAUGGCAAGUUCAAUUCUUGAAGCAUUCGAAAGGAUCAAAUGGUUGGACGUCGACAUCCACAACAGUUCAAUUUGUCCACGUCAACUCCUCACAGGCUUUGAAAACAACCGACCUCAGAUUGCCAGAGUGGGGAUUUUAUCAGUGGGAAGUCACCACCAACACGCAGUCUCCGAAACAGGGCAGUCAAUGGAUCGUGGAGGAGAUACAAUUUGGAAUUAACCCAAAGAAUAAUACUGAAACGAACGAACGGUCUGGUGUUCCAGUUUCCAUGUGGUUUUUUUCCAAAUUUAGAGAAAUGCUGCUCACCAUGUUAGUGAAAAAUCGAGAGUUGACUGAGGAGCAUACCUUCAGUUCGCGUCCAUUGGAGUGGCCUUUGUGUCAGCGUUCGAUUGCUUACUGGAUUAGCAACACAUCUAUGGCCCAGAUCCAGUUGCUAGGCAACCCGUUGCUAUGGUGGACGUCAUCAGUUGGGGUGGUUACCUAUUUUGGAUUAUUAGGAUUUUAUUUGAUCCGUCGAAGAAGACAGGUUUAUGACAUUGAAAUGACAGUCUGGACACAAUUCAAGGAUGCUGGUUGGCUGCUGGUCGGUGGAUGGCUACUUCAUUAUGUUCCAUUCUUUACGAUGGACAGAGCACUUUUCCUUCAUCACUACCUCCCUGCUGUUGUUUUCCAGAUUGUUCUCAUCGCCAUCGUUAUUGAUCACGUGUAUCAUUACGUCAUCCCACAGCGAGUUAGACUACGUCACUUAUAUCUGAUAUUUAUUGGGUUGGUUGUACUGGCCAUUCUGUGGUCAUUUUAUUACUUCUCUCCAUUCUCAUAUGGAUUGAAGUCUCUUACUCCGGAAGGUGUUGCAGCACGUAGGUGGCUGUCGACAUGGGAUUUCCUUGUCAGAAGACCUGACGGUCAAAUAGGAAUGUUAAUAUAGUAUUGAAGGACACAAUUGGGUUAGUUCCAUGUGUGGAGAAAUAGAGACCUAACACUAUUGACAGUUGUUUGCAUGAGAUUCAAGUUUUAAUUGUAAUGGCGCUAGAUUUACUUUGCAGUAUCUGGUAGUGAGUUUAUGAAGUCAAAAUAUCUCAUGCUCUCUGA